UUCUUUAAUUCAUUAAUGAGUGUGAUUAGUAGGUGAAAACAUAACUGAAAGGAGGAGAAAAUUCUGGAAGGAAAGAAUCAUGGAAAUUGAGAGAAUUGUAUCGAAAUAUCGAAUAUGUUUUUAUAUUAUUAGCAUAAUUUUUUUCACAGGGUGUAUACAAUUUUCGGAACAAGCUGAUACAAUGGACAAAAUGAAGAUUGUAAAAGAUAAGAUUUUUAAGAACUAUGACAGAGCAAUAAGACCAACGAAUGGAACUAACUCAACUGAUAUCUACAGUGCUUUUUUGCCUCGUCAGAUACUCGAUUUUGACGAAGAAAAAGGUAUAUUCACUUUAGAUUCCUUUUUCUACAUGCACUGGCUUGAUAAUAGGUUGCAAUGGAACACUACUGACUACGAUGGCUAUUUACAACUUAAAAGUGAAUUGUUAUGGCUACCUGAUAUUACUGUUUACAAUAGUCAUAGCACUCAAGUGGAUCCCACUCACGAUGUUUUGCUCGUUGUUCAUAACCAAGGAUACGUUUCGUGGUUUCCUCCGAUUCUCACACAAACAUCAUGCUCAACUCUUGAACAGACAUCUUAUCCCUACGAUGAAGUGGAAUGCGUUAUUAUCUUGGGUGCAUGGGCACACGAUGGAUGGGAAAUAAAUUAUGCUCACGAAGACGAAUUAGACUUGUAUGAAUUCGAAAAUAUUCAUCCCAGGUGGGAACUUAUCAGCUCUAAGUCCUUUGCAGUACGUAAUGAAACUUAUUACGAGUGUUGUAAUGAGCCUUAUCUGAGCAUUCACAUUCAUCUCGCUUUGAAACGUCGACCCGUACCAGAAGUUGAAGCUACGAGAGCACCUUGUAUACUGGUCAUGAUAUUAACCUUGACAAUUUUCUGGCUACCAGUUGAUUCUUCAAAGAAGAUAUUGUUAGGGGGAAUCCUCUUUCUUACUCUAAAUGUCUUACUUAUUUGCGUGGCAGGAAGAACAAGAAAUCCUAUGGCGGUUCUAUUGGGCGUAUCAUUCAUCCAGACGGCAAUGUAUAUAGUCACAAUCACUUUGCUUCUUCAAGUGUUUGUGGUCCUCAAAAUCGCUUCUUUGACCGGACCCUCUCGACCACCUGCCCUGAUUAUUCCACUAUUGACUGGAACAGUUGGGAAAUACAUGUUCCUUCAGUCUUCCUUACCUGAAGAUAAAGUGCCAUUGGAUCAACUGAAGGAAGAGACGAUGAUGAAGGAAAACAUAUCCGUGAAGGAAGAAUGGAAAAUGUUUGCAACUGCUCUUGACAGAGUCUUGUUCUUCCUUAUGAUUAUCGUUAUGAUCGCUGUACACCAUAUAUAGGUGGUUGGUUUUUUAACUACCACCAUUCUAAGUCUGAAAUUUUAGUUUAAUUGUUGUAAGUGGUCUCAUUUUUUUCAUUUUGCUUUGUCGAAUAAGAAAAAACGAUGGUGGAGAUCUGAGAUCUAUGAAUGGAGAGGGUUAGAAAAAAAAGAACUUAGAUUUCUCUAUUUACAUAAGUUUAAAUAGUUUUUGGUGUAUUUUUUAUGUUAAAUUGAAUGAAAUCAAACCUAAGUUGAUAAGAUUCACAGUUUUGAAGUUAGUAGGGUUUUACACAUAAAAUUACCUAUUUUCACUUCUUAAUCUAGAAAAUUAGGCAUUAUUUCUAUUACGCUAAAUGUAACUAAAGCAAAAUUAGGUGUCAAUAAAAUAUCAUUUUAAAAUUGUAAAGGUUUCAUGCGUAAGAAAGGUAAAGCCAUAAAUUAUAAUUUUCUUGCAAAAGAAAAUUAUAUAACUUCCAAACUAUUAGUCUUAUCUACUUUAUAGUUCCUUUCGACUCAGAGUAAAAAAAUAUGUAUGAACCAUAACCUCAUGGAAUAAAAUCUUAAGCUUUAUAACUAAAAAGAGCAAUUUGUCUUGGAGUUGUAAAUAGGUCCAAGUCAAAAAUUAUACUUUUUAUUCAUAAAACUCUUAUAACUUCUGAAUCCCAUUGGCCCAGCUUUAAUUUCAUUUGAAUCAGCGAUAAAAUACUGUACCCAGUUUGCAUAGAAAAUAAGAUUUAGAUUUCUUCGGCUUUAGAUAGCCAAUUCCCCUCUCCAAUCUCAAACCUCAAAUAUCCAAUUUUCUUACACUACAAUGCAUAAGGAAAACAAAGGACCCACUGCACUUAAGCAUAAAAAGACAUUAAAAAUGAAGUUGGAAAACUUACUUUAAAUGACAUAGGAAAGAAAACGUUGUUAGGCAUUAGAAACGAACUUUUUUAUUUAUGAUGUUAUUUCCUAAUCAUAUAUUUGGAUAUUACUUUGCAAUUGUCUGAAGGCUGAAAUUUAUUACUAAUUGAAAGUAACAACCAUUGAAAAAUACUUAAAGAAGAAAUAAAAUAUUGUUUAUGUA